AGUGCACAGACCGUUCAAGGCUGAAUUUUGUUUUUGUUGAAUUCUAUUGGAUACAGUUUUAGUAUAAAUUAUUCAACUUAGACAUGCAACUUGCAUUUGGUAAAAGGUAGAUGGUUCUUCAUUCAAACUAAAACUUUUACAGCACAAAUAAUGGCUAGAGGAAUAUUCAUUCUUGCAGUUGUGACAUUGUUCGUACAUGUACUAACAGUAGAAUCAGACGAACUUAACUUCCUCGAAGAAGAUGUUUGUACAUCACCCUCUUUUAUUCUAAGUCCUGAAAAAUGGCCUACGUGGUAUGUAGUAAUGGGAUCUGAUGUAAAGGGUCAACUGCAUGGGAGUCACAAAUCUACACAUCUCGGUGAACACAACAAAUUUCAUUUUGAACGAAUCAACGCAAACGAACCAUAUUUCUACAUUACAUCAAAGAGAUGGAAAGAAUGGUAUGUUUACAUGACGGAUACACCACAAGGUUUGAUUCAGUCGACCAAAACAAAGCCAGGUAUGGAAGGCCAGUGGAUGAUCCAGAAAGUUUCCGAAGGAGUUUACGCAUUAUUUCCAAAGAAAUGGCCUAACUGGCACAUGUGUAUGAAAAAUGACUAUGUAGGUACCAUGUACGGGUGUAAAGAUGCUGUCGGUCCAGAAGGGCGUUUUAUCAUAGACAAAAAUUAAAAUAUGGAACUGAAUACACCAAGUUAUCAUUUAAAUGUUUGACCUUUUGUUGAUCAAAAUCUAAUAGUAUGAAUAAAAAACAUGUAUUUUAAAAUUUA